UUUCAUUUUUUCCCUCCGCUGAUUUUAUAUAGAGAGAAUAUUUGGGCCCUAAAACUACGUCGUUUUGUGGGGAAUUAACAUUGCUUCUCCACUUUCCCAUUUCAUUUUGCAAAACCCUAAUCCUUUCACUUUGCAAUAGCCCUAAUCCUUCAGCCGUUCUCCACUUCCCAUUCCUAUUCCAGACAUCAUCUAGCCGUCAUUUAGCCGGGAAUGCGGAAACAGCAAUUCGGAGGAAACAGCCAAUGCAGACUUUGAAGCAAUUCGGCUUCGAGUGCGUAGGGGAAGAAGUGCCGUCAUCUAGCCGGGAAUACGAAAACAGCCAAAGCAGUAAACAAGAUCCUCCUAAUUUCACGCGAAGGGGAAGAAGUGCUUCAAGUGGGUUUGAUUUGAGAUCAGGAGGAAAUAAUCGAUCUUAGCUUGGAUUGUUGGAACAAGUUUUAUCUGAUUUCGUUUUUCAGGGGUUGAAGUUAUGGUCACUGUCCCAAUCGUCUUAGUCGUAGUUGCUUGAUAAAUUAACAUGGAAAACAUAAGAGAACUUCAAAAAAGUUACUCUGACUCGCCUAUUGGCAACUCCAAUGAUUUAUUCUCUAUUGUGAGGGGAGAAGAGAGAACUGGUCGUGUGCAGUUGCUUGGCUUCGGGCCUACACCAAGCGAUGUUUGGGGGCCCUCGCCUAGUAAAGCUGAACUGGUUAAUAAUGCUAAAAAAUCUCAGGAGGAGGCACGUGCUACAUGUGUAGAGUUGCAGGAGAUGAUUUCAAAAAUGCAAGCCGACUAUGACAAGAAGUUGGAAAAUUUACGAGCCAACUACGAGGACAAGUUGGAAAAUUUACAACAACAGGUGGCUAUGCUAAUGCAGAUACAACAACAAAAUUGUAGUGGACAGGAUUCUAAUUCUUUAAAUGCUCCUCCUAGAGUAUCCCCAAAUCCAUUUUCUAGUCGUGAUGCCAAUUCAGUUAAGGGUAAUUCAAAUCAAAUGGGCAAGAAGACUUGUUGAAGUUGAAGUUGAAGUUGAAGAUGGGGUCGUGGCUGUGCUUUUUGAAUUUCCUUCGCCUUGGAUGGGUUCUUUUUGAAAAACUUGUACUACAUUUGUUAAAAAUUCUUAAUUCUUUUUGUUUGACAUUUAGUACCUUUAUCUAGACAAUUUGGAUGGUAUUUUCAUAUUGGCAGGUUAACUUGUGGUUGUA